AAAAAAAAAUUAACUGUCACCAAACAAUUCAAUUGUUCUUCUUCUUUUACAAUCUUCCGUUACUUUCUCUCUCUCUCUCUCUGCAACUAGGGUUUCCAUUUUCUCUAAUAAUUGCUCCAUCCGUUCCGAUUUUAUUCAUACUCAUCUAGUAUUUGUACCCACAUUGAAAAUGGCCGAGGCUGCACAACCUAAUGCUGAGCUAUUGGAAUGGCCGAAAAAAGAUAAGCGCCGCUUCCUGCAUACUGUUUACCGUGUUGGUGAUCUUGAUCACACCAUCAAGUUUUAUACUGAAGCUUUUGGAAUGAAGCUUUUGAGGAAAAGAGAUGUUCCUGAAGAGAGAUAUGCCAAUGCUUUUCUUGGAUUUGGCCCUGAAACAUCCAAUUUUGUUGUGGAAUUAACUUAUAAUUAUGGAGUGACCUCAUACGAUAUUGGAACUGGUUUCGGACAUUUUGCUAUCGCAACUCCAGAUGUCUACAAAUUUGUUGAACACGUCCGAGCUAAGGGUGGAACCGUCACUAGGGAGCCUGGUCCAGUUAGUGGCGGGUCUACUGUUAUCGCCUUUGUGAAGGAUCCUGAUGGUUAUAUUUUUGAAAUUCUCGAAAGAGCUUCAACACCUGAGCCAUUAUGCCAAGUAAUGCUUCGUGUUGGUGACUUAGAGCGCUCAAUUAAGUUUUAUGAAAAGGCCUUGGGUUUGAAGCUGGUGAAGAAAGUUGAUAGACCUCAAUACAAGUACACUUUAGCUAUGCUUGGGUAUGCAGAGGAGCACGAGACAGUUGUGUUGGAGCUGACAUAUAACUAUGGUGUCACCGAUUACACCAAGGGAAAUGCUUAUGCACAAGUUGCUAUUGGCACUGAUGAUGUAUACAAGAGUGCCGAGGUAGUCAACAUAGUCACUCAAGAGCUUGGAGGGAAGAUUACCAGGCAGCCAGGGCCGAUUCCUGGCCUUAACACAAAAAUCACUUCUUUCUUAGAUCCAGAUGGAUGGAAAACUGUGUUGGUUGACAACCACGAUUUUCUGAAGGAAUUAGAGUGAAGUUUGCUGGCUUUUCACGAAUAAAAAUGAUGAGUCCUAUUUUAUGAAAAUAAGUUGUAUGUCUAUAGAAUAAUUGAAGGGUGUGUGUGUGUGGGUGUGUGUUUUUUUUUAUGUGUAGUUCUCGACUCAUUUGUUGUUAAAAACAUUUGCAGAACUUGCCUUACAAAAAAAAAAUGAAUAAAUAAAUCGCUGAACCUA